AUUGCAAACUUCUAUGAUCAGUCCUCGCCCCUGUGGGAAGAAGUGUGGGGGGAACACAUGCAUAUGGGGCAUUAUGGACAAAAAGGAGACGAAAAGAAAUCAGAUGUGCAAGCACAAAUUGACAUGGUGGACAGACUGUUGGACUGGGGACAGGUCUCCGCUCCAACUCACGUUCUCGAUGUCGGAUGUGGUGUGGGGGGAAGCUCGAGACACAUUGCUCGUCGCUACGGGUGCAAAGUAACAGGCAUCACAUUGAGUCCUCUGCAAUGUGAACAUGCCAAAGAGCGUUCUCGACUGGCAGGGUUGGCUGAUCAGACACAAUUUAUGGUAGCAGAUGCUCUUAAACUUCCUUUUGAAGACGAAAGUUUUGAUCUCAUCUGGUCGAUGGAGUCCGGCGAGCACAUGCCUGGAAAGAAGGAAUGGCUCGAGGAAUGUAAAAGAGUCCUUAAGCCGGGUGGUCGAUUUUUGAUGGCAACAUGGACUCAUCGCGACACCGAGAUGCUGUCUUGUGGACAUUUAAGCAAUGAGAACCUUGACAUCUCCAAGUAUUAUUACCUUCCUGAAUGGGUCUCAUGCAGCGACUACAAGAUGAUCGCACAAGAAUUAAGCUUCACAGACAUCCGCACAGAUGACUGGACGGAUGCAGUUCGUCCGUUCUGGCCAGCUGUAUGGCGAUCUGCUCUUUCAUGGCAAGGACUGAUCAAGACGCUGCGGAAAGGAAUUGAGACUCUCCGAGGAGCUCGUGCUGUUCUUCUUAUGAUUCGAGGCUUCAAUAAGGGACUAAUUCGCCUUGGUCUUCUGACGGCGGUGAAGCAAUAA